CGAGCGAGCGAGCGGGUGACUCCCCCCUUCCCCUCGGCGUGGAUGGAAGCGCCCCGGGAGCAGGCGGAAGCGUCGGCGGCGAGAGAGGCGCACGUGGGCAUGGAGGCUCCGGCGGGCCCCCCGCGCUUCAAGUGCCCCCCGGAUUUCUCAGCCAGCCCGUUCAUUCCCGGCCCCCCCUUCUCCCAAGAGGCCCUGCAGGACCCUGCCAAAGAGCUGUGGCUGAUCCGCGCUCCUGCCAACUUCAGCCCAGAGAGCCUCAAUGGCCACUCCGUACCCUUGCUGGGCUUCCAGAUGCUGAAGGCGCCGCAGCCGGGCGGCACGGAGAAGAUCUUCCAUGUCCAGACGGCACUGGAACAUCUGGGCGGCGCCCACCUGCUGCUCCAUUCUGGCCAGGGGGGCCGCCUUGCCUGCUCCCCGCCCUUCGGUGGCUCCCUGAACGUCUGCGAGAGACAUGGGGACCUCGGCGGCAACCAGCCCCUUUUCCCAGUGGCGGCCCGGCCGGCCCCCCGGAUCCCGGCGGGCCUCAGGCAGAGUUUCCUGCCCUUUGGGAGCAACCCGGAGAGCGCGCCCCUGCCCGGAGCUGUGGAAGAGCCUCCCAGGAAGAAGAAGAAAAAGAUGAAGAAGCAGCACCGGCUGGGAGAGGAGGAGGACCGGCCGCCUCUCUUCGGGAUGCCCUUGGGGGAAACCACGGGGGCCGGUGAGACGGAGGCCGGAGGCCCGCACGAAGUUCACGGGGUAGGUUCCCAGCCAGGCUCUGCUGCCGUUGCCCAAAACAGCGUCCUCCCUGCUGAGCCGGAGGAUCUGGCUCCCUUAAGCAAGAAGAAGAAGAAGAAAAGGAAGGAGGAGAGAGAACGGAAGGAGGAGACGGCAGGAGAGGCAGAGACGGGGCAGCGGCACGAGGACGGGGCGGCCCCGCCGGCAACGGAUCCCCAGCUAAGCUCUGCAGCCGAUGCCCAGAACGGUCUCCUCUCUGGUGAGGCAGAAGACCUGGCUCCCCUAAGCAAGAAGAAGAAGAAGAAACGGAAGGAGGAGAGAGAACGGAAGGAGGAGGUCGGAGAAGAGGCGGCCUCCGCCACACGCCAGCAUGAGGAGGGUGGCGUGGCCGGGGGGGCACUCGGCCCAGAGGCCCCGCUGACCUCUGCCGCCUUUGCCCACGAUGGUCUCCUCUCUGGCGAGGCGGAGGCUGCAGGUCCCGGAAGCAAGAAGAAGAAGAAGAAGAAAAGGGAGGAGGACGGAGAACGGAAGGAGGAGACGAGGGGAGAGGCCGCAAGCCCGCACCAGGCGGAUGGGACAGCGCCGUGGGCCGUUGGCUCCCAGCCAGACCCCGCGGCCGUUGGCCAGGACGGUCUCCUGUCUGGCGAGGCGGAGGAUCCGGCUCCCUUAAGCAAGAAGAAGAAAAGGGGGGAGGGGGGAGAACUGGGGGGAGAGACGGAGGCCACCCAGCCGCCCAGGGAGGAGGGGGCAGCCCCGAGGGGAAUCAGCCCCCAGCCACACGCCGAACCCGUGGCCCAGGAGGGUCCCCUCUCUGGCAGGGUGGAGGACCCAAGUCCCCGAAGGCAGAAGAAGAAGAAGAAAAGGCGGGACGAGCGGGAAGUGAAGGAGGAGACGGGGACAGGGACCGAGGCAGCCCGCCCGCCCGAGGAGAACGGGGCAGCCCCGUGGGAGACCAGCUCCCAGCCCAGCUCUGGACUCACUGCCCAAGAGGGUCUCCUCUCCGGUGAGGCGGAGGGUCCAGCUUCCGGGAGCAAGAAGAAGAAGAAGAAGAAAAGGAAGGAGGAGACGGGGAGGGAGGCAGAGGGGCUGAGCUCCUGCCCGGGAGGGGACAGUCUCCCAGGGCUGGAGGAAGCAACCCAGGGCACCCACGAGAAGGCAGCGCCCCCUGAGCCCUUCUCCGGCCAGGGGGACGCUGCUGGGGUGUUGCGGGACUUCAGGGGCGAGCUGGUCUUGGCCGAGGAGGAGGAGGAGCAGCAGCCCGGGGCGGGCAGCUCAAGUCACAAAGCCAAGAAGAAGAAGAGGAAGAAGGAAAAGGAGAAGCCGGAGGAGGAGGCAGCCCAGGAGCUGGGAGGGCGGCCUGCCCAGCAGGGGGCGGAGAGCUGGGCUGAGCCGGGCACCCCGCUGGGGGGAGGAGGAGGAGGAGGAGGUGGGCAGGAGGCAGAGCCCGGCAGGGAGGAGCUGAGCCAGAAGCGCAAGAAGAGGGAGCAUCAUCGCAGGGGGCAGGGGGCCGAGGAGGGGCCGGCUGGGCUGGAGAAGGAGGUGGGGAAUGCCUAGGGGCAGGCGGGCAGGACUUCGCCCCCACUUGGGCUUGGAAUGCGCAAAGCAGGGCGCUCUCCUCCAGUGCGCAGAGGCUUUGGUUAACAUCAGACUCGCUGUCGGCGCCUUGCGCUGCCGCUGGUCGAAUGGCCCCCCCCAGGAUGUUAAAAGAGAGGGGGGGAACCCUACCUGGGAGACUGGUCUGGCCCAGCUUGCCUGGUUGGGGGUGGGGCACGGGGGGGAGUGGUUCAGGCUGUGAUGCCUUCGCGGGACUCUGUUGAGGGGGCGCGGCCCUCCUGGUCUCUGUGUGCCUUCGGGCAGGUUGCCCAGACCCUGGGCAGAGGUCUGGCCCAUGCUGAACACCCCCCCC